AUGGCGGUAACUGAAGCUCAAAACCCUCUUAUUGGAGAAAACACCUGUGGUUCCUUGUUGAAGAAGCUGCAGGAAAUAUGGGACGAGGUUGGUGAAAGUGAUGAAGAACGGGACAAGAUGCUUCUUCAGUUAGAGCAGGAGUGUUUGGAUGUGUACAAGAGAAAGGUUGAGCAUGCUACAAAGUCGAGGGCACAGCUACUUCAAUCCCUGUCUGAUGCUAAGCUUGAACUUUCUACUCUUCUAUCAGCUCUUGGAGAAAAGAGCUUUGCUGGAAUUCCAGAUAAUACUUCUGGAACCAUCAAGGAACAGCUUGCAGCUAUAGCACCGGUACUUGAACAGUUAUGGGAACAAAAGGAAGAAAGAAUAAAGGAUUUCUCAGAUGUACAGUCACAGAUCCAGAGAAUAUGUGGAGAGAUAACUGGGAGCUUGAAUCAUAAUGAUGUACCUGCAGUUGACGAGUCUGACCUGUCCCUGAAGAAGUUUGAGGAAUAUCAAUCUGAGCUUCAUGAACUUCAAAAGGAAAAGAGUGACAGAUUGCAAAAGGUUUUUGAAUUGGUGAGUACUGUGCAUGAUCUUUGUGCUGUACUUGGUAUGGACUUCUUCAGUACUGUAACUGAGGUUCAUCCAAGCCUGAAUGAUUCGACUGGUGUUCAAUCCAAAAGUAUAAGCAAUGACACUCUAGCUAGGCUCGCUAACACAGUCUUAACGCUGAAAGAAGAUAAAAAGCAGAGGCUGCACAAGCUCCAAGAAUUAGCUUCUCAGUUAAUUGAUCUUUGGAAUCUAAUGGAUACUCCUCAAGAGGAAAGGAAACUGUUUGACCAUGUUACCUGUAACAUCUCUGCUUCUGUUGAUGAAGUCACUAUUCCUGGUUCCCUUGCCCUGGAUCUGAUUGAGCAGGCUGAAGUGGAAGUUGAGAGACUUGACCAGCUUAAAGCAAGCAGGAUGAAGGAAAUUGCUUUCAAGAAACAAUCAGAACUCGAAGAGAUAUUUGCCCAUGCUCAUAUAGAAAUAGACUCAGAUGUUGCAAGGGAGAAGAUCAUGGCAUUAAUUGAUUCUGGAGACAUUGAACCAACUGAAUUACUGGCUGACAUGGACAAUCAAAUAGCAAAAGCGAAAGAAGAAGCUUUAAGCCGAAAAGAUAUAUUAGACAAGGUUGAGAAAUGGAUGUCAGCAUGUGAAGAAGAGAGCUGGCUUGAGGACUAUAAUCGGGACGAGAACAGGUAUAAUGCAAGCAGAGGUGCACACUUAAACCUCAAACGAGCAGAGAAAGCCAGGAUAUUGGUAAAUAAAAUUCCUGCUUUGGUUGAGACGUUGGUUGCUAAAACACGGACAUGGGAAGAGACCCAUGACAUGUCAUUUACAUAUGACGGUGUUCCUCUUCUAGCCAUGUUAGAUGAAUAUGCCAUGCUUAGGCAUGAACGGGAAGAAGAAAAACGAAGAAUGAGAGACCAGAAGAAGUUUCAGGAGCUGCAAAUCACAGAACCAGAAGCCCCAUUUGGUUCAAAACCCAGUCCUGCUAGGCCAGUUAGCGCUAAGAAGGGAGGAGGCCCUCGUGUAAAUGGAGGAGCCAACGGCACUCCUAGCCGACGGCUAUCGCUUAAUGCCCAUCAAAAUGGAAGCAGGUCCAUAGCAAAAGAUGGAAAAAGGGAUAAUACCAGACCAGUGGCUCCUGUGAAUUAUGUGGCUAUGUCAAAAGAAGAUGCUGCCUCCCAUGUUUCUGGUACUGAACCCAUCCCAGCAUCGCCCUAA